UCACGCGCUGCCCGGCUGGGUCCAGCCUGUUGCUGAUGCUGCGGCGCUGUGUUCACCAUGGACCCGGCGUGGCGGAUCUGUCCGGCCCGACUGUGGCUGCUGCUGCUGUCGCUUCUACUGGGCCUGAGCGCAGUUUCAGGAGCUGCCAUCGACUGGCCCGCACAAGAAGGCAAGGAAGCAUGGGAUUACGUGACUGUCCGAAAAGAUGCCCACAUGUUCUGGUGGCUCUAUUAUGCGACCAACCCUUGCAAGAACUUCUCAGAACUGCCCCUGGUCAUGUGGCUUCAGGGUGGUCCGGGCGGUUCCAGCACUGGAUUUGGGAACUUUGAGGAAAUCGGGCCUCUUGACACCCAUCUCAAGCCACGGAAUACCACCUGGCUGCAGUCCGCCAGUCUCUUGUUUGUGGAUAAUCCUGUGGGUACUGGCUUCAGUUACGUGAACACAACUGAUGCCUAUGCAAAGGAUCUGGACACAGUGGCUUCGGACAUGAUGGUUCUCCUGAAAUCCUUCUUUGAUUGCCAUAAGGAAUUCCAGACGGUUCCCUUCUACAUUUUCUCAGAAUCCUAUGGAGGAAAAAUGGCUGCUGGCAUCAGUCUAGAACUUCACAAGGCUAUCCAGCAAGGGACCAUCAGGUGCAACUUUUCUGGGGUUGCCUUGGGUGACUCCUGGAUCUCCCCUGUGGAUUCAGUGCUGUCCUGGGGCCCUUACCUGUACAGCAUGUCUCUCCUUGACGACAAAGGCUUGGCUGAGGUGUCGGACAUUGCGGAGCAAGUCCUUGACGCUCUAAACAGGGGUUUCUACAAGGAGGCCACUGAGCUGUGGGGGAAAGCAGAGACAGUCAUUGAAAAGAACACAGAUGGGGUGAACUUCUAUAACAUCUUAACGAAAAGCACUCCGGAAGCCUCUAUGGAAUCGAGCCUUGAAUUCCCCCGGAGCCCCUUGGUUCGUCUGUGUCAGCGUCACGUGAGACACCUACAAGGAGACACCUUGAGUCAGCUCAUGAAUGGCCCCAUCAGAAAGAAGCUCAAAAUCAUCCCUGAGGAUUGUUCCUGGGGAGCCCAGUCAUCUUAUGUCUUCAUAAGCAUGGAGGGAGACUUCAUGAAGCCUGUCGUCCAUAUUGUGGAUGAGUUGCUGGAAGCUGGGGUCAAUGUGACUGUGUAUAACGGACAGCUGGAUCUCAUUGUGGACACUAUGGGUCAGGAGGCCUGGUUACGGAAGCUGAAGUGGCCACAUCUGUCCAAAUUCAACCAGCUGAAAUGGAAGGCCCUGUACAGCAAUCCUAAGUCCGUGGAAACAUCUGCAUUCGUCAAGUCCUAUGAGAACCUAGCCUUCUACUGGAUCCUAAAGGCGGGUCACAUGGUUCCUGCUGACCAAGGGCACAUGGCUCUGAAGAUGAUGAGGCUGGUGACUCAGCAGGAGUAGAAUGCCUGAGCUGAGCUGAGCUGAGGAGCUGGCUGGGCCUGGAGACCCUGGAGCAGAGCCUAGGGUGUGGGUGCUGAUGUCACAGGCUCUUCCCUGACUCUGAUGUGGGAUGUGCCUAUGGGGGCUCCUGCGAGCUCCUGUACAUUGGAAGACUGUGGCUUCUAUAUCAGCUUAGA